UUAUUCCCAUUUGCAGUUGAGAAAAAAAAUCAUAGUGACUAUGUAAUUUGUCUACAGUCACAAAAAGUGUAAACGGAAGGGUCUAGAUUCAAACUCACCUUUCAUCACUCUAAAAUUAGAGUGGCUCUAGGAUUUCUUUUUCUUUUAUUUUUCAGGGGAUGAACAAUCAAUAUAUCCGUCGGGAAGUCUUCUGCUGUGAAACUUGUCACGAACUCAAAAGCUUCUGGGAAAAAGAAAUUAGCAAACAGACUUGUUACAGGGAACUGGAGGAAGACCGUCAGGGAAGGAGCGCCCUGAGAAAGCUCAGAGAAGAAUGGAAGCAGAGACUGGAGAAAAGGCUACAGAUGCUGGACAAUCCUGAUGAGAAGAAAAAGCAGGCAAAUACGGUGGGCUGAGAGCCUCCUGCUUCAUCCACUUCAAAGAUAACAAGCCACCAAGGGCACUCUUCUAGGAGAAAAAUCUAACACCCAAGUUAUGUUGAUUUACUAAGCAGGACACUCUCUAUUUGCUUUCCCAUUUGUAAGGGAUUUACAUGUGAAAACUCCCCCAGUGCUAAUGGGAGUCAUUAUCCAACUCAAUCCUCUCUGCCAUGGACAGGGUGACCGCCAGUGGGACAGGGAAGCUCAGGUUAUUUAAUAUAAAAAGCUCUUAGAAUUAGCACUCCCCAGGUUUCAAUGAUCCAAGUAGUAUAAUUUAUUUCCACAUUUUCUUUUCAUUUUGAAAUCUGAAUGUUUGAUCUAAGCUUACCAAAGGCGAUGAUCUGGAUGGGAAUUUGGCUUCCCUGGGUCUUCUAGAAAAACAGAGUCAAUCUUUUCUUCCUGUCACUGCUUUUUGCGAAUAUAGCUAUUAUUAUGAAAAUAACUGGUAAACAAUACAGUUUGAAAAUGAACUGAACUAAUUAUUUUUCCCUUCUCUUCAUAUGAAUUCUUUUCUCAUAAACAUCUUUAACUAGAAACAUGCAAUGAAAAUAAAAUAAUGCUUAAUAAA